CGGAAGUGAGGAUUUCUUUACGGUUUAGUUUGGAAUAAUGAGUUUAUUUUUGCCUAAAUUGUCGUGCAAAAAAGACAUAGACGACGUUAUUAAGGGUGUCGCAGAAAAGGUGUUAGUGCUGAGGUUUGGAAGAGACGAAGACUCGGUUUGUCUCCAUCUCGACGAGAUUUUGUCAAAAACCGCCCAUGACUUGAGCAACAUGGCAUCUAUUUACAUCGUUGAUGUGGAGAAAGCCCCCAUCUACACAAGAUAUUUCGACAUCAGCUAUAUCCCUUCAACAGUUUUCUUUUUUAAUGGACAGCACAUGAAAGUCGAUUAUGGCUCACCAGAUCAUACCAAGUUCGUAGGAAGCUUUAAGACUAAGCAAGACUUCAUGGAUCUGAUUGAGGUCAUAUACAGGGGAGCAAUGAGGGGGAAGAUGAUUGUCCAGAGUCCCAUUGACCCUCAGAAUAUCCCCAAAUAUGAUCUCCUCUACCAUGGGAUUUAGUGUAAACAUGGUGUUUGAGUGGGAUUAAAAUUUUGUUCCACAAAAUUCCUGGUCAAAAUGAUCACAAUGAUCACUUUUGCAAAACUGUAUCAACACUCAUAAAUUGGUAAACUAGCGGCUUCAAACUGUAUUUAUAUUUAUAUGCCAUUUUAUGUUCAUUGUUAAAAAAAAAAUUAGAUGACACUGUCAUGCCAGGUGAUAUGUAUGGACAGCCACAUUGGUAACUCCUUAAUCCUUGUUACUUUACUAUUUUAGAAGAACCAGUAUAGUAAAACAUUUUCAUCCAAACCAUGCCAUAAUAAGUGGUUGAAAAUAACAUUUUGUAUACCCUGAAAUGUUUUAAAACUAUAGUUGCCUAGUUGCCUGUGUCACACACAAAAAAUCACAUGUGGUCAAUAUUUUUUUUUUAAAUUAUUUUACAUUACUACAUCUUAUUGGACAUGUUCCGUGCAUGUCUUUUCAGGAAAAUUGAGUCUGAAUGAUUGAGGUUCCAAUGUGAUUAUGCUCAGGAUUCUUCUCACAGUUGUCUUGAUAAAAAUUGCAGUCAUUUUGAUGUUUCCCAUGGAAAUGAUAAGAUGCAUUAAACCAGCAGGAAGUUAUUUAUUUAUGAUUUGCUAAAGAUUCUUUGUGGUUGUUUUUAUUUUCAAAUGUACACCAUAAAGUUUCUGUUUAAUUCCCUUUUUAAUGUGUUCAUCAUUUAUACUUUGUUAAAGGUAGAAUGAGUAGGAUUUGUCAGUUGCGGCUUGUAAACGCAACGUUGGCCCCUCCCCCCGGCUCAACGACACCAGAAUGACACGCCCCCUGACCGCAGUUACCAGAACACAUCCCAGUGUACCGUCGCUCUUCAUCCCCAUCCUCUCCUUCAGUGCUCGCCAGCGGGUGGAGGCCAACCCCAGAUUCACUCUCGUUUUGCAACCAGCUUUGUCCGCUCGGUGUUUCACCUCGCUGUAUUUGCGUCUUUUCGGCGUUGUGUCUCUCAUUGUCGUAGCCUCCUCUUGGAUGCCUGCUUACGAUCUCGAUCUAGCGCCUGGCCACUACGUUUUCAUAGAGGACCGCUGCCCAAGGGGUAACGCCCAGAAACGUCCCGUACACAGCAGAGGUACUUGCAGAGGACAGGGUCUCUGCUGAUACAGACACAGCCACACACGUCUAGUGGGUCAUAAGGGAUAAUUGAGAGGAUUUUAUUUUUUAAUGAGUCUAUACAUUGAUUUUUUUUAGGAAAAUCCUACUCGUUCUACCUUUAAAUAAUGGAGAUUAUAGUAUCCAUGAAAUGGCUGCAUUUUUCAGACUUCCUCAUUGAAAUAAUCACUCUAGAAAGUAUUUGCUCCAUAGAUAAUGCACAACAAUUUAACAUGGCAUUGUUAAAGAAUUGUAUUUUGUUGCUCCGUUAGUGAUCUAUGCAUCUAAAAUGAUCUUGUGGACUAUUUUCGGCAUUUGGGAAAGUGAAAGACGUUUUGAGAAUUUUUGAUUAAACUGCAUCUGCAUUGUUC